GCUUUUGCUUUUUAUGCUCUGUAUUGGGAAGGCAGAUAAAAUGCCAGGUCUGGACUGCCUCUGGGGAUAACCUCACCCUGUGUGAUGUGAAUGGAUGAAUAGCAUCUUGCCUGGUAAAUCCACAGGAAUUGAUAAGGCAGCCAGUUCUGCCACUGAGGCCUUUUCUUCCUCAGCUCUGGCUGUGGUUUCUGCAGCAAUUUUGUUUUUGCCUUAAGAGAGGUGCUGUGGAUUAUCAGACCUCCAUGUAUGACAAUUUGUACCUGCAUGGAACUGAAGACUCGGAGGCUGAAGAAUAAUGUGAUGUGUUGCCCAAGAUGGUGUGAACAGAGCUUCAAGCCAAUGGAGAAGACUAGGCCUAAAUAGCUGAGCCGGUGAAGUGACAGAUAAAGCCACACCUGGAGUGCCACAUCCUCAGCAGUGUUUCUCAGUGCCAAUGCAUUUAUGGCUGGCUCAGCGGAUUCCUAUACAAGCAGGCCGUCUGACUCCGAUGUCUCUUUGGAAGAGGACCGGGAAGCCAUUCGGCAGGAGAGAGAGCAGCAAGCGGCCAUCCAGCUCGAAAGAGCAAAGUCCAAACCUGUAGCGUUUGCUGUGAAGACGAAUGUGAGCUACUGUGGUGCCCUGGAUGAGGAUGUGCCCGUUCCAAGCACGGCCAUCUCCUUUGAUGCCAAGGACUUUCUUCACAUUAAAGAGAAAUACAACAAUGACUGGUGGAUAGGAAGGCUCGUAAAAGAGGGCUGUGAGAUUGGCUUCAUUCCAAGUCCUUUGCGGUUGGAGAACAUACGGAUUCAGCAGGAACAGAAAAGAGGGCGUUUCCAUGGCGGGAAAUCAAGUGGAAAUUCUUCUUCAAGCCUUGGAGAAAUGGUGUCAGGGACAUUUCGAGCAACUCCCACUUCAGCAGCAAAACAGAAGCAAAAAGUGACGGAACACAUUCCUCCUUACGAUGUUGUGCCGUCAAUGCGUCCGGUGGUGUUAGUGGGGCCGUCGCUGAAAGGUUAUGAGGUAACAGACAUGAUGCAGAAAGCCCUCUUUGAUUUCCUGAAGCACAGGUUUGAUGGGAGGAUAUCAAUAACAAGAGUGACAGCUGACAUUUCUCUUGCUAAGAGGUCAGUCCUCAACAAUCCCAGCAAGAGAGCAAUAAUUGAGCGUUCAAACACAAGAUCCAGCUUAGCGGAAGUACAAAGUGAAAUUGAAAGAAUUUUUGAGUUGGCGAGAUCUCUACAACUGGUUGUCCUUGAUGCCGACACUAUCAACCACCCAGCACAGCUCAUAAAGACUUCCUUAGCCCCAAUCAUUGUCCAUGUGAAAGUGUCAUCCCCAAAGGUGUUACAGCGGCUGAUUAAAUCUAGAGGAAAGUCCCAAAGUAAACACUUGAACGUCCAACUGGUGGCAGCUGACAAGCUGGCCCAGUGCCCGCCGGAAAUGUUUGAUGUUAUAUUGGAUGAGAAUCAGCUGGAGGAUGCCUGUGAACAUCUCGGAGAGUAUCUUGAGGCCUACUGGCGUGCCACCCACACAACCAGCAGCACCCCCAUGACCCCAUUGCUGGGGAGGAAUCUGGGCUCCACGGCACUGUCACCAUAUCCCACAGCAAUCUCUGGGUUACAGAGUCAGCGAAUGAGGCACAGCAACCACUCCACAGAGAACUCUCCAAUUGAGAGACGAAGCCUAAUGACCUCUGAUGAAAAUUACCACAAUGAGAGGGCUCGGAAGAGUAGGAACCGCUUGUCUUCCAGUUCCCAGCACAGCCGAGAUCAUUACCCUCUAGUGGAAGAAGAUUACCCUGACUCAUACCAGGACACUUACAAACCCCAUAGGAACAGAGGCUCACCUGGGGGAUACAGCCAUGACUCCCGACAUAGGCUUUGAAGCUGCUGAAAUGAAGGAUAUUCAUCCGCUGACAAUUUGCCAUAGUGCUGCUAGGAUAAACCAAUCAUCUUAAUUUGGCAAGCACAGCACAGUCUUUCCUGUGCUGGUGGGCUGCUGUCAUUUGAUGUUAAGGGCAGAAAGUUAAAUAAUCAAACUAUAUUAUGCCCUUGAGUCUAGAUGGAUAUUAGACACCCAAUCAUAUAGAUAUUUUUAAGUGCAGCAUUUACAUGGUAACAAUACCUUUUGUUUUCUUCAUAGAUUUAGACACAUCAAUUUGUAAUUUAGGGAACUUAUCAAGGCACAUAUAAAAUAAUUUCCCACGUAGGAAAUUCCAAAUGACCAGUUCCAGUUGGAACCAAUAUAUAAACCAAUUCCUGUUGGAAUUUGGGUGAAUUGACUAGAAAGUCUAUUUCAGCAUGUUGUAAUCAAUUGAAAAAUCAGAAAAAAAUAACUAAUAGGAAAAUCAAAAUACCAAUAGAAACCAAAACCAGCUAUAGUAUUUAUUUGCUGAAAGCUAAAUUUACACUUAUAGUUUGAAUGUAUAAACAUUUUAAUAUAUAUGUUUCCAGAAUGGCUUUUCAAAUUUACCAAAUGUAUUGAUAGUGCCAAAAGAAAUCUCAGAAAUCUUAAUGCAGAAAUUAUGUAGUCUCCUUAAAUUUUAAGAUUUUUUUCUUUCUUUCCUAGCAUAGCUGUUGUAUUCAAAAUGUUUCACUUUCUGUUCAUUCAGUACUGUUAGCUCAUUUAAAGUUGGCAAAAAAGAAAAAAAAAUCAGCAGUGGAAAAGAAUAGUAAGGAAAAGCCUAAGCAUAGCUACUCAUAAGAAAUGGAAAAUACAGUGUAGUUUCUUCAUUAAUCCUUCUCCGCACAGUUCUACCCACCCAGGGAUCUGGAGUGAGCUAGCAAGGACGUGGACCAAUCCUCCUGGAUGCAAAACGGGGCAUCUCCAGAUGGGAGGCCGUCCAUUCCACUGCACACAAACCACUGCUCAGGAUUUCCUGCCAACACAAUUGAGUAUCUUUCUCUUCUUUCACUCGGUCUUUGUCUGUGGAUUUCUGAAUGUUCUAGCCCUAUGCUAAAGGUUUUUAAUCAUGCUAAUAAUUUUUGUUUCCCUUGCAUGCAUUCAAAUUAAGUAUUGAAAGUUAGUUAUUUUUAUAAAACAAGUAAUUGGAAAAAGUGAAGCCAAACAAUGAAUUAGAAAAAUCUUGCAAAAAGAUAAACUCAUAGAUCAGAAUAUAUUUGUUCACUAAAAUUGCAGGGAGUUAUAAAGGUUAGAGAUUGAGCUAUCUUAUUUCUAGUGAACAGUACUUCUUAAUUACUCAGUUUUUUCCCCCAAUGACUGCAAUUAGGGAAUUCAUGACUCAUGUCCUUUAUUAUCAAAAAAGACUUUCACUAGGAUCCAAGAAACUGUUGAAAUUGACCCUCCUAUACAAGGCACAAAAAAAAAAAAAAGAAAAUCUUUAUAUAAAAAAACCCCUUGUUUCUAAAA